GUGAGUGCAAAUCGGAUCGGAUCGUCUGUUGGUACACUUCCGGUACUGCAAAACGUGGCAUUCUCCCGACAACUUCAGGAACUCCAUGGCCAAGACAGCGGAGACCAAGGGCAAGGCACUUAAGGCGUUCGAGCUCACAUGGGUCAUGUACGAUCCGACUGACCGGUUCGGCGUCAUCAUGGCGCUCUUUACACUCUCACCUGUGUUCGUGACUCUGAUGCACGUGACCCUCGUUACCUGUCAGCGCGACUUGGACAGCGUCAGCAUGUUUAUUGGCCAGGUUGUGAGUGAAGUGAUCAACAAGAUCCUCAAGAAAACGAUCAACCAGCAGCGACCUGAUGGCGCGCGUAUGAGUGGCUCCGGGAUGCCCUCGGCUCAUUCGCAGUUCAUUUCGUACUUCGCCUCAUACGCCGUCGCCUACACGUACUCGAGGUUGAACGCGCACCGCUACAUUGAGCAGUGGUUCACAAUUGUCGGCUGUAUUUUUCUAGCAGUGUUCACUUGUUACUCUCGAGUGCGCUUGGGCUACCACACGAAGGACCAAGUUGUCGUCGGUGCAAUUGUCGGAGCGAUUGUCGGCUUCAGCUGGCACUCCCUAAUUUCGACGGUAAGUCCUGGCUUCCAGAUCUGUUGCUGCCUACGCUAACGAUUCUGCUCUGCAGGUGUCUCCGUGGCUGUUUCCUCUCAUUGCACAGUCGCGACUGGCACAGUUCUUCUACUUGCGUGACAUCUCCCACAUUCCUGAUCUCAUCGUCUAUCAGCACGAACUCUGCUACUCGGACGCUCCAGCUUUUAAAAUCAAGUUCCUAUAGACUUUCCUACCAAAUACCUCUACGUAGUAGGAAACACCUAACUAUGAUUUCAUAGGACUUUCAAGUCCAAUUAGAGAAGCUAAAGUGCAUGGGUCACACGUGACCACUACACAAAUAAUCAAAUAACGGGGUACCACCGUGUAUCCCCUUCAUUACUCA